AUCGCGGCGCGGCCGCGCUCCGCCCCCGCGGGAGGAGCGGCGCGAUGGCGGCGGGGCGGCGGCGCUGAGGAUGAUAUCGCGAUACGCGCGCAAACCGGUGCAGCCACAAGGACUCCCAAAACAUGCCCUGAGGCAUCACCCCCUGCCAGAGCCAGGAGUUCAGGUGUGCUCAGCCACACCCAGGGCUGAAAACCACGGCCACGUCUCCAGGGAGUCAGAAAUCCGGAGGGAAUCAGCUGAUCAUGGGAAUGCAGGGUCUGCCAGUGAGAGCUGUGCUGACACCUCCACUGAGGACAGCUCAGUCUUCUCUUGGGGCUAUGAUGAAUUUGAUAAAGCUGCCACACAACAAGUUCAGCAGAUGUUCAGACAAAUUGAUGAGCUUCUCUAUGAGCAGAAAGAAAAUGAGCAUGUGGAGGGACUGUGGGAGGAAUGCCAGCAGUGGACAUCCAGCUUUCCUCAUCUCAGGGUUGUGGGGAGGCAGGUGGUGGUGCCCACGGAUGAAGGGUAUGGAUGGUUCUCCAGUUCCCCUGCGGGCAGUCGGGCUCCCUCAGGUGUAAGUUCACCUCCAGAGCAGGAUGCUGAUGAAUUUAGUGUUUUUGGCAAGAAGGUCCCUCUUUUUGUUACUCCUGCUCACAAAAAGGCCGACCCUUCCCAGUCUCCGACCUUGUGUUCCUCAGAGAGUGACGAAGGGGAAGAGGAAAUAAUUCUCUCCGAAGGCAUAGUGGAGGAAUAUUUGGCAUUUGACUGCAGAGAUGUGGAGGAGGAGCUGCAGGAGAGGAAAAGGGGCCUGUCCUCUGGCAGACAGAAACUGGGCUUUCCUCCCAUCUCCCCAUAUUCCUGCACCAAGGAUUCCGUGCUCACCUUCGUGUUUGAUGACGUGUGGAGUGAGGUCCUGGGCUGCAUGGAGGAGCUGAUCUGCAGGCACUGGGAAGGGUCAGCCUCUGAUGAUGAGAAAAAUAUCAUAACAGUGGAAACACUCAGGGCAGGUGCCAGAAGCCCUUUGCAGCUCGAUCCUCUGCCAGCCUUGUUACCUCGUGUGCCACAGGCGAAAAUGCCCUCGGUGACCUCAAAUCUGUGCCCAAAACCCAGAUGUGGCCGCAAAAGCAAAAAGAGAAGAAAAACACCUCAAGUCAGUCUCUCUCAAGGGUCAAGUAGUGGCUCUCAGCAUAAUCUGAAUGGCUUGAUGGUGAUCCACGGGAUCCAGUUACACCAAAGGAACCUGCCUGUAGUGGAGAAAACACUGGACCUGGAUGACAGACGGCCGGGUUCCAGCUCCAUCCUCUCCAUCAGAACGUGGCCAAAUCGUGCUCUGGAGCUCAGCACAUCCUCCCUGUCCCGCUCCACGAGGAGGAGGAACCCCCCUCCCCGGACCCUGCACCCCAUCUCGGGCAGCCAGCCCCGCACCGGGACCCCGCGCUCCGGGGACGCCGCUCGGCUUCUGACUGCACAGGAGCAGCUGACCUCCCCCUCCCCAGUGCUGCUGAACCGAAAUCACCCCCUGCCCCCUAUUGCCACCUCCAGCGUGGCAGAGCGUGGGAGCACCACAGGAUCCCAGAGGCAAAUGAAACCUCGAGGGAGCUCAAGUCGUGCUCACAGUGUAACGACACAAGAAGAUGCUCACCAGCAGCUCCAGGAGCAGCUCCUCCUGCCUGAUCCUUUCUCCAGGCCUAACACAACCAACACAUCCUUGCCAGAUUCCCAGCGCCGCCGUUCCUGCACCGUUCUGGAGCACAGUAAUCAAUCCUGGACAAGCAGAGCACCAGCAGGUUCAGGUCUCCUCCCACGUGGUUCUGUGAAAGGCCACAGUCGAAGUGGAUCAGGCACAAAAAGCAAACAGGGGUUCUGAGGUGCCAUGGGGAAGUGUCCAAUCCAUCCAUCCAUCCAGCUCUGCAGAGUCAUCAGCCACCUCUCAUUCCCAGCAAGGUCAACGUUGUUUACAGAGAGUUUUCAAACACCCUUCCUCACAAAUAGUUAUUUUUAUAUAAACCUAAGCAGCAGCUGCCAAAGAUUAGAAGGGGUACACUUAAACAUUCCAUUUUCUACCAGUAGAGAAAGUGAUACUCCAGUGGAAGGGUGAAGGUACUCCAGGAAAGCCUAACUCCUAGGAAACCCAGCAAACACUCAGCCACUGCUGUGUUCCUGGGAGGUUCGUGAUGGGUCCAUGUCCUUACAAGGCAGGUACUGCAGAACCUGCUCAUUUUUUCAUUAGCUCCACAGAAGGUUGCCCAGGCCUUCCACAGAAGUAGUAAUGUAAAUUUUUUUAAGCUGUAUUUAUAUAUUCAAAUACGUUUAAAGCAAUAUUGUACUAGGAAAAGCAAGCACUGCACUCGAUUCUGCUUCUACAGCUCAGCUUAGGCAGGUGCUGGAUCCUGCAGUAGUUGCAGCAGGUGUCUGGACACAGGUGUGUAGGACUAAGGCAGCAAAGCAGGUGAACUGACAGCUCCACAGGCAGCAACCACUGCCUCCUCCCGAGUUAUUUAACCUUACACCUCUUCCUCAGUGACUGAAGAAGGGUUAGCAGCCAACAAGAAGCCUCUCACUACAAGCAGUUUCACACACUACUGCAAGAAAAUACACUUGUCUUCCUGGUGAGAUACUUUAUGGUGAUUUCAGAGAAUGGCUCAGUCUCUCCCUUUCUAAAAUACUUGAAAUUACACAAGAUUUCUGCUCUCCCCAAGCCACAGAUGCACUGGAGCUUUUAGCAGCUGUGUCUGCACCGUGUGACAGACCUGGAGGAGGUGUUUGCUGCAGCUGCCCUUGUGGCUCCAGAUAAGACAAAAAACCCCAUGAAGUACAGGCUUCUCAAAACAAGUGGUUAGUUGAAAGUCUUACUCCCAAACAGACCAAAGUGUAAAAACAAGGUGAGGAUAAUCACUGGCUGUACUCCGACAAACUCAGGACACUGCACAAAAACAGUUGUUGCUUUCUAGUCCUAUUCAAGAGCACUUCUUUUCCUAAUUUCUUUGUUGUUCUUCAAAUUACUGUUCAUAAUGGACAAAAACUUGUCAGUGUUCUUUAGGAAGUAUCUCCCCUAUCUCCCCACUCCAAGUUAUGUUACCUACAGAGCAGCUAAUAAUUUUUAAUCAAUAAUGAAGAUCUUGAGUCCAGUUGAUCCAAGCAUGCUUUCAUCAAGAACAGGGAACUGUGCAAAUGUAACUCGGUUAACCUGUCUUUGCAUUUCCAGAAGGUAAAA